GUCGAUAUCGUCCUGGUCCAUGGUCUCAAUGGUCACCCGAAAAGUACAUGGACUUCGUCUUCGUCUCCGUCUCAACUUGACGAAGGUGUGUUCUGGCCCACAGAUCUACUACCGCAGUCCCUGGGAAAGACCCGCGCCAACAUCUUGGUCUAUGGCUACAACGCAGACGUCUAUACAACCGGUAAAAGCACAAGUGCAAGUGACAACUUCAUCUACCAACAUGCUCAGACACUGGUGACGAACCUCACCCUCUAUCGCAAAAGUGAGCGCACGGACAAGAAUCCCAUCAUCUUCGUCGCACACAGCCUGGGUGGCAUUCUUGUUAAGCGAGCCCUCAUUUAUUCCAAUGACUUGAGAGACAAGAACCAAGAAGAUGCCAGAUCUAUCUUCGUCUCCACCUUUGGAAUCAUCUUCCUGGGCACGCCACACACCGGAUCUGACAUGGCAACAUGGGGUAUCGUUUUGCAAAAGAUGGCAGACGCCAUUGCGCCCAAGAAAAUGUUUGAGAGCGAGUCGGUACUCCUCAAAACCUUGAAGAAGGACAACGAGACUCUGCAAAACAUCAAUAGCCACUUCCUCGACUUUUACCAGCGUUUCAAGAUCCACAUGGCCCAUGAGAACCACAAGACUGAUAUCAGAGGAACG